AUGAGAUUUACACAAACUUUGAAAAACAAUGUUAUUCAGAGAAACAUUAAGUGGAUGGAACUUGCAACACAUAAAGAAAUUGUUAAUCCGCCAAAAAGAAGUCGAACAUCACCAUAUCCGAACUCACAACAAAUCUCAUCAGAUGGCCACGUAGGCGUUAAUCUUAAUGAUGAUAACGACGACAUCAAAGAAAUACGCCCGCCUCCUCCUCCAAUGGGAAGGGACAAAACAAAAGCUCGAUCAAAAGCAAAAAAGAAAGCGACAUCAUCUUCAAAUUCUUCAAUUAGAACCAAGCGGUCAGCUAGAUCGGAAGAAAUGAUGACACAAAUGGCAUAA